AAGGCAGUUCGAUGGAACAAAACGUAAGGGACUUGUCCGACUCGAAUAAUAAACAGAAUAGAAGCCCUUCUCCUCCUAAAAAGCGUAUCCGACGUUACCUUCGACCAAUUAAUUCAACCGCAAGAAUACGACGGAGCAUUGCCAAAAACGCGGGUGAAUUCUAUGAAACUUCCAAUGGCAAAGUCAUAAGAGCACGUCAGCGUAGACCACUCGAGAAUUGUAGAAUGAAGUGUGCGCAACGAAUAUCUGAUCAUUCAUGUGAGUCACUCAGCGUUGGAUAUUGGAGUCUAAGAGCAGUCCAUUGAAGCGACGUAAUAGGAAUAUCUCUCUGAAAUAUUCAGUCUCUAUCAAGGGUGAAACAGUCCCGAUUUGUAAAGCUUGUUUUCAAAAAAUUUUUGACAUUUCAAACACAUUCAUUGCUACGAUUGUAGCAAAGAAACUGCAAACUUCAAAUGGGAUUCCCACAGAAGAUAAAAGAGGGCAUCAUCCAUCAACCCGGAAAUUAUCUAUUUCAACGCGUGACACUAUUCGAAAUCACAUACGGAGUUUCCCGGCUUACGAGUCGCACUAUGCUCGCAGCAAAAACUCCAAGAAAUUCCUGCCUUCUCACUUGACCCGAACUCACAUGUUCAAACUGUAUGAGGAAGCACAUCCUGACCAUGCCAUUUCCAGAUGGUCAUAUGACCAAGAGAUCAAGGCGCUUGGCUUGUCAUUCAAGGAACCGAAAAAUGACACGUACAAAACCUGCGAUCAAUUCCAGAUUCAACUGAAAUGCGCUACUACCGAGUUGAAGAAGACUUAUGCGAAAGAACAACUGGAAUCUCAUUUGAAUAUGGCCAAUGCACCAUACAGCAUGAAAGCCACUGACAAGCAAAUCGCCAAAAGCAGUGACGGUAGGAUAAUUGUCACGACGUUUGACCUGCAGCAGUGUCUUCCAACCCCGAGCCUACCGACUGGACAAAUAUUCUAUUCCAGACAAUUGUGGACCUUUAAUUUAACAUGCCACCGUUGCACUGAUGGGCACACUCGAAACGAGUGUGAUUCUGAUCACUCUGCCAUUGAACGGACGAAGCGGAGGACGCAGCACAUUUAUAUACCAAGAGAUUACUAUAACAUCGUGUGA